AUGGAGGGUCAGCAGGGGCGGCAACACAGAAGAAGCCACGUUGAAGAGAAAUGGCGCGGUGGUCCCUGGAUAGUUGGCGCUGUACACACGUGGGCGUAUGCAGAUUCAGGUUGUACGUUCAACCUUGUAUCGAUUCGCAUGAUCCAAAAGAUUGGUGUGACAGCGCGGGACAGGCAUGAAGGGCCACCAUUAGAAGGAAUAGAUGGCAUGGGGGCUUUGGCCCCAGAGUUAUCAGUGCCAUGGGAUGACCUGGAGGCCUAUUUGGUCAUCCUUGGGGUCUCUUAUGCAUUAGCAGAAGGUCACCCCUUCUAUGUCGUGGAAGACAUACCCAUGGGUUGUGACAUACUCAUUGGGUAUGAUCAGAUGCGGCAUUCGAAAUAG